AUGAAGUUCGCAACCGCAAUCCUCAUCGCCGCAUCGCUGGCUUCACCCGCGAUCGCCAUCAGCGUCGCGUCCACGGACCAUGGCAGUCGUCGCCACGUCGCACGCGACGUACCCAGUGCUUACGGCCUGGGAAAGGGCAACGACAAGUUCAACGCCACGCCUGCGGCACCUCCCACGACGACGUAUGGCGACGGUGGCCACAAGUCCAUCUACGACGCCGCCAACGUGAUCCCGUUCAACACUGUGAUCAAGUGCUACUACAAGGGCAGCGACGGCAAGAAGGUCGACCUGCCCGACCUUUACCUGCAUGGAAAGAACCAGGGUAAGACUGCCAGCGAUGGUGUUCCCACAGUCUCCUUUGGCGAUGUUCCUGUCAGCACUACCGGCGGUAGCCCCUACGAGGACAAGAGCAAGGUCAGCCCGGUGCCCGGUGCCGAUGACGCCAAGCACGUCGUCAAGCCCACCACGAGCAGCUACAAGCCCACGCCCGACGUCAGCAUCAGCGAUGGAAUCCCCUCCAAGGCCUUGGGAGGUAACCAAAACAAGGGCUACGGUAUCAACAGCGGAGGCGUUGGCUCCUACCCCAUCGGCACGGGGGAUAUCAAGGGUACACCUGUGCUGGGCAACGGCAAGAGCUCGCCCAAGGAAGUCAAAGGUGACAGUCCCCAUUACGACACCAACAAUGACGAUGACGACGGCGAUAACGACGACGAUGACGAUGAAGAUGCCAGCAAGUGGUCGCCCAAGCAAGCCAGCAGCGACUAUGGUGGCAAGUAUCACCGUCGCUUCCUCUCCUAG